AAAGGAAGUAAAGUUUUUACGAAUAUAAAAACGAUUUAUAUAUGUCUCGUUCUUGGUAUGUAUAACUUAAUGUUGUAUUAAAUCUGCGAAUAAACUUCAAAAGCGUUGUUUCCUGGAAAAUGCUCAUCAUGCUAAGCUGUUUUAUACUCAAGUGCACCAUGUUCAGCUUCGAGAGCGUUGUGUUGAAUAUAUGUCCCGUAAUCGGAGGUUAUUUGAGCAGUUUGUGAAUGAAGAUUUUGAUGAAUAUUUAGAAAAAAUUAAAGAUCCUAAAGAAUGGGCAGGGGAGGUGGAAAUGAAUGCUUUGGCUCUUAAGUAUAAGCUUGACUUUGUUAUAUAUUCUGAUGUUAGUAAGAAUCCUUUAACAAUUAAAACUCCAUCAUCAAAGAAAACUAUUGUCCUUGCUUGCACUGGUACAAACAGAUAUGAUUGUGUGUAUUCAAAAUCCGAAUUAUCAGCAUUAGCGUUUUGCCAAGCCGUUGUUUAUGAAGUUUUAUAUAAAAGGGUUUUUGAUCUUGGUGCUGAUGUUGAUGUAGCUGUUGAAAAAAUGUUGCACGACAAAGCAUAUUCGAAGCAAAGAAGGAACAAUUUACUUUGUCACUUGUUCAGAGAAAGCUGCCGAAUUGAUGGAGUUUCCGACAGUCAUAAUUUACCUGAAGAUGACCAAGCUUCAUUAAAAAAUCCUAGGUUAGAAAUACGUAAAGCCUUAGCGCAAGGCAUCCCUCCAUUUCCUUACAAAGUUGCCAAAACACUGGAUCCAGGAAUAUACAGAAAUGUAGAAUUCGACAUGUGGAAUGAAAAAAGGAAAGAUGACCAGAAAACUGAACAGUUUAUAGUUCCAAAACUAGAACCAGGUGUCAAGUGCAAGGUUUACAUUGAGAAAGAAGUUUAUAUUGGUCAUAUCCAAGAUGUGUAUAAUGAUACAGAUGAAGUUUCUGUGUACAUUGAAGAACUAUGUAAACGCUGUAAAGUUUCCACCAGUGUUCUUGAAAUAGUUCCUGUUCCUGCUUAUAAAGCAUUAACUUGGCAAGGAGGCAAGACUUAUAAAGUCUAUUCUGAGAAUACGCCAGCUGGACAAAUUGAUACUGACAAAGGAAAGAACAAAAGAGGUUCCAAGAAAAAUUACCAAGAAUACUCUCCUGUUCAUGAUGGAAAUAACUCCUCUUCUAAGUCCAACACCAUUGUCCGAUCAAACUCGUUGCCUACUUCACAACAUAAUUUUUAUUCCAAAAACAAUAACUCAACACAAAGUAGAAGAAGGGGCCCGUCUAGUAGUACUCCUGUUUCUAACAAGUCCAAAAAUCAUUAUGAAAAAGAAUCUCGUAAUCAAACUAUUCGUUCUCCUGGAAAUUUCUCAUGCAUUUGGCCUGCUGAUAAAAAUCUCCCAACCUCGCCAAUACCUAUACCUGGAAAACUUCGUACCGAUUGUUAUAGAAUUCAUCCUGAGAGUCCAGAGACUCUGAAUGAGCUUAAUGAAAGAAACUGGGUGGAUGAGUCUUUGAAAAAUUCACCACCUGCUUUUGUAAAUCAUCCAUAUACUUUUGCUCCAGUCUACACUGAUGAUACUGGAUAUUCAUCGAUGGCUGCUAAUUCAUUCAGCAACGGAAUGGUAUCAAAUGCCACUUCAGUUCCCCUUCCCAUCCCUGGUACCCAAACAACUAGUCCGCCUUUGUCCGAAGAUGCACCAUCAUCUCCUAUCCAACCAGCUCCAUGCCAAACUGCUAUGACUGUAUAUCCUUAUCCUGUGUAUGCUGUUCCUGGAAUGUAUUUAGUCUGUCGAGAUGGUUCUACUUUGCCUGUUAAUGUUGGUCAUUGGGGAUCUCAAGAAGCUGUUCCUGGAAAUGAAGUUGCUGCUGGAGUGCCAAGUGUUUACUUCAAUACUCCACCAACUGGAAUGUCUCCACCGCUUACAUCCUGGAUUCCAAAUUACGGAUCAAAUUGGGCUCAAGCCAUGCCAACGACAACAGUUGCGUUCACUCCUCCCCUUGACAUCAAUGCAUAUCAGUCACUCAUGUCUCCUCCUUGGAGCCCCCAGUCUGGAAUCUACAUGCCUCCUCCCCCACCAACCGUGGCAUAUACAGUGCCACCAACUCAACCGCCUCGCUUCUUGCAACAAGAGCCAGCCCAAAACUGAAAGUUUUCCGCUCUUAAACUUUCCAGUAUUUUUAUAUCAAGACACUGGUGGGGAAAUAGAUUUGUCGUUAAAGUUUUAAGUGAUGGAAAUAUCUUGAUAUAUUCUGCAAAGAAUUGAAAAAUCGGAUUUUUGGUAGUCUGUUGAGUGCUGAAACUGUGAUUGGGUGAAUGAGUAAGAAAGUUUUGUCUGUCCAAUAACCAUGUUUUAAAAUGUUUAAUCCAAAAAUAUCCUCAGCUUUUUUCCAGCUUACCAAAUAUUUGGCAUGUUUAAGGAAUUUAGUUCAGAAAACAUAAAAUUGUAAGAUAAAAUAUCUGUUUUUCAAUUUAGCACCAUGCGGCUUCGGAAUAGGCUUGCCUUAACGAGUGUACUGUUGUGUUUAAGAAUGUUAUGCGGUUGGGACAUGCUUUUUGGAGCUGCUUCAUGUGGGGAGAUUAUUGAAUGUGCAUGAGUUGACAGUUGUUCUAAACUAAUAUUUUAUUGUCUUUUCAUAUUUGUAAAAUUUUAAUAUCUUUUGGAUAUAGUAUUUAAAUGGCAUUCAUUUUAGCUUUCUGAGCAUUUUCACCAAAAAGCAAAUUUAGAAUCAUAACUUCUCGCCAGAAACAUGCACUGCAAUUGAAGGUGCCUAAACUAUUUAGGUGGCAAUUAUUACUGCAAUGGUACUUAACAGCUUCAAGAAAUUAUGUUGAAUAUAUUUAACUAGUUUUGUUAUUUUUGUUUCAUGUUUAUUUUUUGCUUUUACAUUUGUUUUUGUUAACCAAUCUGCAUUAUUAAAAGGACUAUUUGUGUAUGUGUUGCGAUUUUUCAAGUGAGUGCCAAUUGAACAUGAACGUACUAGUCACUUGAAUAGUCAGAGCUGCACGUUUUAUUGCUGCAUUUCCGAACCAAUGAUUUUAUCAAAAUCGCAUUUUAUAUUGCUUUUUAUGUUAAUCGGAAGCUUAACCUAAUCCCGAAAAACUGAAACAUUGCUGUGAUGUUUACACUUGCGAUCGAAUGGCUUUUACCUCGUGCCGCCAUAUUUCGAACCUCGCCACAUACACAGAGGUGAGUAUUAGGUCAUAUUUUGGACUAAGUGAAUAUAAGUGCAUCUAGUAGUACAUCAAACUUAUCUGACGAGCUUGUUUGUGGAAAAUUUUAUGAUUUUAAAAAAUCAUGUCUUUAAAUAUAGAUGGGGAAUGUUGUUUUGAAACUUGAAACAUUUUUAAAAAAUUAAUUCAAAUUUCGGGUUGAUAAAAGUAGAUUUUUUAAUAAAACUCUGUCCAAGUUAUCAACGUGUUGCGGUCGGAUCAUGUGAUGGCAAUUGUUUCACGUGUUGCCACUUUAAAACUAAAACUAGUGCUCAAUUUUUCUUGUAGGCUAGAAUUUGAAAACUAUUUAGAGAUUUGCAUGUAUACUUGGAGAGUUCUACCAUCUACUUCAACUAUGAAACAGGGUUCCUAUAUGUUGUAGAACUGCAAGCAUUCCGUGUUUUUGGAAAACAAAAUAAUUAAAUUGAGGAAAAUUUUUGACAUUAAAUAGCUUUUAUUUUGAAGCUGAUUACAUUUCAGAACGAGAUUAAAUCCUUUAUUGCAUUGAAGCAAAUAAAACUUGUUAAAUUUUGUAAAUUGUAUGCGAUAAAAUCUGAACGUAUCUGAAUGGAAAUGUUGUGGAAAAAACCUAGAAGUUUGUUCUCACUUUAAAAUGUAGGAUCCCUGUAAAAACUUUGUAAAGUUUGUGCCAAAAUUUUUCGGAAACAUUUCUUUGGAUAUGCAUUUUUUUACGAAACAUAUCAUUGGAUAUCAGAGUUUUUACUUGAUGUUUUUGAAGUGUUAUUCAAUUCCAUUCAUAAUCAUAGUCACUCUCCAAUCUGUUAUAAAAGUUUUAUUACUACUGAUUUUGUAAAGAAUUAUUUUCAUAUAUUGUGUAAGAUUGUACUGAUCUAUUUGUUGGAAAUCGAAAAUUAGUAUUACUUGUAAGAAAUCUGUAAAUUUAACAUUAUUGUGGUAAAUGUGAUACUUUCUAUUUACUUAAAUGUUUGUUAAAGUUGUACUUUAAGAACAAUUUGAAUUAUCUGGUGUAAUUUUUUGAAGUAGAUGUGUUCGAGGACUGUGAUAUAUUCAAUGAAAAAAAUAGUUCAUUUGCCAUUUUUAUGGUGUAAGUGUUCCUGUAUUUUUAAGUUGUAUACUGGGACUGAAAUUUAUUUUUCUGUCAAACUUAAUGGCUUUGGCCUUUCUCAGUGUUUUACUUUCCAUAUCAGUAUUCAAAAUAUCAAUAAAUACUUUCAUUUUCA